CUAAAGAGAUUUAGUUUUUUGGAGUCGUGUCCUUCAAUUGCCAAAGAAAGAACUCUGCAGAAAUUUCCGUACUCUUUAAACCAGUAGUGAGAGAAACUGAUACAGAGAGAGAGAGAUGGCUCCAAGGAAAGAACUCUGCAGGAAUUUUGUGCAGGGCAGCUGUCAGUAUGGUGAAGGGUGUAGGUAUCUUCAUGCGACUCAGCAACAGUCGAGACCUAAUAGUGCCUUCGGAUUUGGCAUGCAAACUGGCUCACAGUUUCAGCGCUCAAAUUCACAACAGCAAAAGCCCAAUCCCUUUGGAUUUGGCGUUCGGGACAGCUCUCAACCCAGAGGGGCCAAUGAUUUUGGAUCCAAACAGAACCAGUUCAAGCCUUUUGAAAAUAAGUGGACCCGCUCGUCCCCUGUAAAUUCCAACAGCUCCCAUGCAUCACGACAACCUGAUACUCAGCCUCCAGCGGCUAUUCAUAAUUGCUUGGAUCCUGAGUCAUGCAAACGCCAAAUCAUUGAAGAUUUUCAGAAUGAGAGACCUCUUUGGAAGCUUACAUGUUACAGCCACUGUAGGAAUGCUUCUUGUGACAUUGUUGGUGAUAUUAGCUACGAAGAAUUACGGGCAUCAGCAUAUGAUGAUUCUAAGCGUGGGUUGAGCUUACAGUCAAUUGUUGAGAGAGAGAGGAAUUUACUCAAUUCUAAGUUACUUGAAUACGAAAGUCUACUUCGUAAUCCUUACGUAGUUCCACCAAAUUCUGCUAUUGCUACCCAAAGUCCUUUUUCUGGAGCCACUCCAAAUGUAUCCUCGAUAGCCGCUCCAAAGAGUGCACCCCCUUCAGUCUCAAGUUUCAGCCAACUGAAUGCAUCUCCUAAUACAGGGUUCGGAUUGAGGCCUGCUACUCCACCAAAUAAUGUUUUUGGGCAAUCAAAUUCCUUUCAAAAUUUCGGUCAGACCUCAAGUACAUUUGGGACAAACAAUGUGGCAUUUGGAAAUGCAGGUUCACUUGGCGGCCAACUUCCUAACCAGUCAUUUGGCGUCUCCUUUGCCUCCAAUGCAGCAAGCUUCAGCAACAGUGCCUCAAGUGCUGAGCGAAACCCGUUUUCCACAUUGACAGUUUCAUCUCAGAUUCCAAGUGGACCUAACCUUGCUUCUAAUGCAGUUGGACAAUCAAACUUAAAUGUGCAUACGGUGGUUAACUUGCCAAGGGAGAAUGGUUCAACAGAUGAUAGUGUUUGGUUGAAAGAAGAAUGGAUUCCUGGAGAGAUUCCAGAAGAAGCACCUCCAGAUAAAUUUAUUUUUUAAGGGUUAAUUCUUGGAUUAGGACAUGUUCGUCGUUCACCCAAUGCAUUAAAAACGAACUGCUGAGCAGUUUUGUCACAAGUCAGCUGCACAUUAUUGAGGCUGGGUUCUUUUCGUUCUUCCUCUUUAUCUGUUUUGAGUGUUUGGUUUCUCCGGUUGAUUAUGGAAAUUUUGUUUCUGUAUUUCAUUAACCACGUUCAGGCUGGAUCCUUCUUGAGCUGUUAAAAAGUGGCAUGUGAAAGAGAGAUGAGUUGAGCAGAUUGCUGGAUGAAUGUUCUCCAAAAAAUUUGCAAAGUAUGUAUAGUAGUCGAGAAUUUAUGCAUUUUGAUGUUUGUAUUGAUGUGUACACAAGUUAAAAUUCAGUGUAUUGAUGUAUAAAUUUUUGGAAGCAAAA